AUGGGUGGUUGUUGUUGCAAUUCUUCAAGAGGAAUUGAAUCAGUCCGACCACCAGAUUACUACUAUUGUCCUCGAGACUUGGAAGAGCAUGAACCACUGUCAUCUACCAACCAUGAGACGUUGCCUGCAAUCUCUUCAGGAUUACUUGUCGACACUAAUCUGGAUACAUCAACACCUGACACGUACCAAGCACCUCCUGCACCUUUGCCCUAUAAUGUGAGUUUGGAGAGCCAAUCAACAUUGCCUGGAGAUGUUGAGAUUUGUGGCAACAAAACUGAUCAAACACCUGUAGUAAAUUCCCAGACAACAGGACAGAAUGAUGAUUAUUUUGAAACAUCAGACUGCAAGAAGAAAACUGACAGUGACCAAAAUUCUCCUAAAAAUAAGAUCGGUAAUCCCACCACAAUACCAGACGAGGAGGAUGUUUGCCCUAUUUGUCUUGAAGAUUAUGACGUAGAGAAUCCUCGUAUAAUGACAAAAUGUGAACACCAUUUCCAUAUGUCUUGCAUUCUGGAAUGGAUGGAGAGAAGUGAUACAUGCGCCCUCUGUGAUCAGAUAAUGAUGAUUGACAUGUACAAUAUGGUGGCUUCUGAUGAGACUGCAUUUGCAGAGGAUGAAUGGAGCCGUGCGAGCUCCGGCCGAAUGAGAACAGAGAUCACCGGGAAAUGCCCGUGCCAUCUUUCUCUACCCACGAGCUCUGCUGCAAGAUCCUCUGCAGUGCCAAGUGGAGCUGCGAAUCCGUGGACGAAUCCAUGGAGAACGACCUCCUCAUGGGUUGCACGCAUACCCUUUCAUCCUUUUCCCCCACAUCGGCACACAUGGUUUGCCGGAAUGGACGUGGAACGGCCGGAACGGCUAUUCCGGCACGGGAACGCCCCAUGGCGUUCCAAAGUUCCGACCUAUAACAUAGGUUGCUUUGGGUCACUGUUCUUCGGCGUUAUAAUGGCCAGGAUGGCUGGAACGAUUUCUUCUAUCAUUUCCAUCAUAUUCAUAGACAAGCUUUUGGCUCACGAUCACCAGUUCCUUUGCUUGAUUAAUUGA